AUUUGCUUUUAGCUGUUUAUGAUUUAGUUGUAAAUAUUACUGUUAUUCGGGCUUUUUUCAUAAAUUAGAAUAUAUUAGUGUAAUUCUGUUAGUUAGACUUAAGUGCAAAAAGUAAAAACAUGGAUUUCCUAGACUCAGAAGCCGAAGAAAGCGAGCAAGAAGACGAGUUAGAUAACAAUGAGAGGAAAAAGUUGAAAAAGCUGAAAGCUAUGGAUAGCGAUGAGGAAGAUGAAGAAGAUGAUGAGGAACGUUUACGUGAAGAAUUGAAAGACUUAAUCGAUGAUGCCCCCAUCGAGGAGGACAGUGAAGGCGAAGACAGUGACGCUUCGGCGGGUUCCAAAAAACGUAAAAAGUCCGAUGACGAUGACGAACUUGACGAUCGUUUGGAGGAUGAAGAUUACGACCUGAUUGAAGAAAACUUGGGCGUCAAAGUCGAAAGGAAACGAUUUAAACGUCUGAAACGUAUCCAAAAUGAAGAAAGUGGUUCCGAGGAUGAGGAGCACGAUCCUAAUGUUGAUAGAGAACAAAUUGCAGACCAGUUGUUUGUUGGUGGAUCUGAUGAGGAGGAAGAAAGACAUUCAGAAAGAUCCCAUCGUGUCGUCGAACCAGAACAUUACGAUUCAGAAGCAUCCGAAGGAGAAUAUUCUGACGCCGACGAUUUUAUUGUUGAUGAUGAUGGACGUCCCAUCACCGAAAAGAAAAAGAAACGGAGACACAUAUUCACAGAUGCUUCUCUCCAAGAAGGUCAAGACAUCUUCGGCGUCGAUUUCGAUUACGAGGAGUUUGAAAAAAUGGAUGAAGAUGAGUAUGAAGACGAGGAAGAAGAUGAGGACUAUGAUGACACCGAAACAGGUGAACGUGUCCGAAGGCCUAAGAAAACGCCUAAGAAAAAACCUGCCAAGAGCAUUUUUGAAAUUUACGAACCGAGCGAACUUAAACGGGGACAUUUCACUGAUUUCGACAACGAGAUUCGUAAUACGGAUAUCCCAGAACGUAUGCAAUUGCGUGAAGUCCCUAUUACGAGUGUUCCCGAAGGUUCUAAUGAAUUAGAAGAAGAAGCCGAAUGGAUUUACAAACAAGCCUUUUGCAAACCCUAUAUUUCUACACAAGACUCCAUGUCUUCAGAUCACAGAGACAGGCCCAGAAAACCGCCUUCGACGAUUGCUAAAAUAAAACAAGCCUUGGACUUUUUGCGAAACCAAUUGCUGGAAGUUCCAUUCAUCGCAUUUUAUAGAAAGGAAUACGUGCAACCUGAAUUGAACAUUAACGAUUUGUGGAAGGUUUAUAAAUUUGAUGCAAAGUGGUGCCAAUUGAAGACACGGAAAGAGAAUUUAUUAGUUUUGUUUGAAAAUAUGAGGAAUUAUCAACUAGAUAAACUGAUGGAAAAUCCUGAUGCGCCGAUUCCUGAUAAUGUGCGAGUUAUGAAGGACGAUGAUAUAUACAGAUUAAAAUCAGUUCAGACGACUGAGGAAUUGAAAGAUGUACACACACACUUUUUGCUUUACUAUUCACACGAAGUACCGGCUAUGCAGGAAAUUGCAAAGGCUAAGGAAAAACAAAAACGUAGAGAAGAAAAACGGCGCGAAAAGCAGAAAUUAUUAGAAGCACAAGAAGGCCAAGAAAACGGUGAAGAACCAAAAAUUAUUGAAGACGAUGAUGAAGAAGAAGAAGAGGAACAGGAGCAGGAGACCCUGAAACAAGCAGCCAGGUCCGGACCUUAUAACAUGUGCCGAAAGGCAAAUCUAGAUGGUUUCGCAAAACGUUUCGGUCUAACACCAGAGCAGUUCUCAGAGAACUUGCGAGACAACUAUCAAAGACACGAAGUGGAGCAAGAAAGUGCAGAGCCCUUGGAAGUCGCCAAGGAUUACAUAAGUGCCAAGUUUUCGUCUCCCGAAGACGUUUUGCAUGCUGCCAAAUUUAUGGUGGCCAUGCAAUUAGCACGGGAGCCCUUGUUGAGGAAAUGUGUCCGGGAAGUGUUCUAUGAAAGGGCUAAGAUUAAUGUUAAACCUACUAAGAAGGGGAUGAAGGAAAUUGAUGAGAAUCAUAUGUGUUACAGUAUGAAGUAUAUAAAAGACAAACCGGUCAGAGACUUAAACGGAGACCAAUUUCUGAGGCUGUGUAUGGCCGAAACUGAUCAACUGGUCACGGUUACAUUGAGCGACAAAAUAGAAAGUCUCACCUCCGGCAGCUAUUUAGAGGAAGUUAAACAACUUUACAACAAGGAUGAGUUUUCCAAGCACGUCCAAGGCUGGAAUCAAGUCCGAAGUGAGUGCGUGGACUUGGCAUUGAACAAAAUGGUAUUCCCUGAUUUGAGGAGAGAACUGAAGACUAUUUUGCUGCAAGAAGCCAGAGAUUCUGUACUGAGGGCUUGCUGCAGGAAGCUGUACAACUGGAUCAAGAUUGCUCCGUACACAACAAAGUUUCCAGAGGAGGACGAUGACGAUUGGGACACAACCCACGGUGUAAAAGUAAUGGGCAUUGCCUACGCCCCUGAUCAUUCGCAGGCUGCUUUUGCAGCUAUGACUGCACCCGAUGGUGAUGUCACCGAUUAUCUUAGGUUGCCAAAUAUAUUGAAGAGGAAGAACGCUUGGAAUGCUGCUGAUAAAAUGCUAAAGGAAACUGAUCUAGCAGCCCUUCGUAAUUUCAUCGGCACAAAGAAACCCCACGUCAUCGUCGUCGGCGGCGAAUCCAGGGACGCACAAAUGAUUCAGCAGGACGUCAGGGAUAUUAUCAGUGGCCUGAUUCAGGACGAACAGUUUGCCGAUGUCAAAGUCGAAAUUAUCGACAACGAACUGGCAAAGAUUUAUAGCAACUCGAAAAAAGGCAUUACUGACUUCAGGGAUUACCCGGAUUUAUUGAGGCAAGCGAUAUCGCUUUCUAGGAAAAUGCAAGAUCCUUUGGUAGAAUACUCUCAGUUGUGUUCGAGUGAUGAGGAAAUCCUUUGUUUGCGUUACCACACUUUGCAGGAUCAAAUACCUAGGGAAGAAUUGUUGGAGAAUUUGUAUCUGGAAUUCGUCAAUCGAACGAACGAGGUCGGUGUCGAUAUGAAUUUGGCAGUCCAAAGCAUGACGCUAAACCUUGUCCAAUUUAUUUGCGGUUUAGGACCUCGUAAAGGGCAAGCUCUACUUAAAGUUUUAAAACAAACGAAUCAAAGACUGGAAAAUCGUACGCAGUUAGUCACUUCUUGUCAUAUGGGACCAAAGGUUUUUAUCAAUUGUUCCGGUUUCGUAAAAAUCGACACCAAUUCCCUUGGUGAUAGUACAGAAGCCUAUGUCGAAGUCCUGGACGGAUCUCGUGUUCAUCCAGAGACUUACGAAUGGGCUCGUAAAAUGGCUGUGGAUGCUCUGGAAUAUGAUGACGAGGAGAUGAAUCCUGCAGGAGCCUUGGAGGAGAUUCUGGAAGCACCUGAGAGGCUGAAAGAUCUGGAUCUGGACGCUUUUGCAGAGGAAUUGGAGAGGCAGGGAUUUGGAAACAAGAGUAUCACUUUGUAUGAUAUCAGGGCUGAGUUGAAUUCGAGGUACAAAGACCUCAGAGUCCCAUUCCAAAGUCCGAGCCCCGAAGAACUCUUCGACAUGCUGACCAAAGAGACUCCAGAGACCUUCUUCAUAGGCAAAAUGGUAAUGGCCACAGUAAUCGGCAUCCGUCAUCGAAAACCCCAAGGCGAACAAUUAGAUCAGGCCAAUCCUGUCAGGAACGACGAAACAGGCCUAUGGCAAUGUCCAUUCUGUCUCAAAAACGAUUUUCCCGAACUCUCCGAAGUCUGGUCUCAUUUCGAUUCGGGCUCUUGUCCUGGCCAAGCCGUAGGAGUCAGAUUGAGAUUAGAUAAUGGCCUGUCGGGUUAUAUUCAUAUAAAGAAUUUAUCGGAUAAACAUGUGAAAAAUCCGGAGGAGAGGGUGCAGCAGGGUCAGACUAUACAUUGUAGGAUUAUCAAAAUCGAUGUGGAAAGGUUUUCGGUGGAUUGUUCGUCUAAGAGUUCGGAUCUGGCGGAUAAGAAUAACGAGUGGAGGCCUCCGAAGGAUCCUUAUUACGAUCAGGUUUCGGAGGAGAAGGAUAUUCGGCAUGAAGCUGAGGCUAAGAAAAUGAAAGCUAGGCAGCAGUAUGUCAAAAGGAUCAUUGUUCAUCCUUCCUUCCACAAUAUAUCGUUUGUCGAAGCCGAGAAGAUCAUGGACCAAGUGCCACAAGGUGAAGUCAUCAUCAGGCCAUCGAGUAAAGGUGCCGAUCAUCUGACAGUAACUUGGAAAGUCACAGAUAAAAUCUAUCAGCACAUCGAUGUCAAAGAAACAGGCAAGGAAAACGAGUUCUCAUUAGGGUCAAGAUUGUGGAUCGGCAAUGAAGAGUUCGAAGACUUAGAUGAAAUCAUUGCAAGACACGUCAAUCCUAUGUCUUCCAAUGUUCGAGAUAUUCUGAAUUUCAAAUACUACAUUGAUACACACGGUUUGAAAGAUAAAUCUGAAGAGGCCUUGAAGGAGGAAAAGAAAAAGAACUCGUCCAAGAUUCACUAUUUCAUAUCCGCCGCCAAAAAUUACCCAGGAAAGUUUUUAUUAUCAUAUUUGCCCAAAACAAAGUGUCGUCACGAAUAUAUCACGGUUACACCCAACGGCUUCAGGUUCAGGCAAAGGAAUUUCACAUCGUUAAAUGCUACCCUAAAAUGGUUCAAAGAGCAUUUCCAAGAACCAAUUCCUGGUUCAACCCCAAGUACCCCCAGGACGAUGAUGUCGUCACGAACAAACUUUACAACGCCUGGAGGAAAUUCUAUGAAUCCAGAAGCGAUACAAAGGGUUGCUCAAAAUUUGCCUUCGCACAUGUUGCAUUCGCUCAGUCAAGUCGCAAACCAAACACCACAUUAUGCACAUACACCAGGAUAUGCGGCCAGUGGUUAUAUAAAUACUCCUUACACUCCGAGUGGUCAGACUCCCUUCAUGACACCAUACCAUACCACACCAAGGUACAAUCAAGGAUUUUUACAUCCUGGAUCCUUGAGCAGUGCACCGACACCUUCCUCUCAUUCAUCGAGUAGUCAAUCGCCUAGGACACAAAGUAACAGGAAUCCUUAUGGUGGUAGUUCAAAGAAUGAUGUGAUGGACUGGCAAAAAGCAGCAGAAGCCUGGGCUAAACUGAAAAACAAAGAUGGGCAGAGUCCUCGUUUGGGUACACCUAGAGGAAGUGGCUCCAACCGAACCCCCCGCCAAGGAGACUCCAGAAGCGCCGGAGACUCCAGAAAGACUCCGCAGUACUCCGACAGAAUGUCAAGUAAAUCGCCGAGAUCGGUAAGAUCGACUCCUCAAACAAUCAAUUCGCCAAGAUCGAUGUCGAUAGGCGAUGCGACACCUCUGUACGACGAGAAUUAGUUACGAUAAUAAUGAAUAAUAAAUAUAAUAGACUUAAUUCAAAAACUAUUCUAAAUAAGGUUUUAUUUUGUUGUAUAUAGAAAUUAUUGUUCGAUUCAUCGAACUUGGGCUCGAGAGGUUGUCGAGGACUGGGGUAAUCGACUGGCGGUAAAAUGAUACAGGAAUAAGAAAAAUGUUAACAUAUCUAUGUAGUUGCUGUUCGAUCAGGCGUAUUUUACAUAUAAACAAGCAAGGAAGAAUGUUAUGGUAACAAAGUCUUCGAUGAUGCAUUCUUCCUUGCUUGUUUAUAUGUAAAAUACGCCUGAUCGCACGGCCAAUAGACAUUUACAUAAUUACACUAAAUAGCAUUGUCAUGGCAACGGUAGUAACAAUUGUCUAUUUGUUUGCCGUGCGAUCGGGCGUAUUUUACAUAUAAACAAGCAAGAAAGAAUGUUAUGGUAACAUUCUUCCUUGCUUGUUUAUAUGUAAAAUACGUCUGUUCGCACAGCAAAUCGAUAGACAUUUUUACAGUUUUACUGACAAGAAACAAGCAUAAGAUAGU